GUUGGUUCUCAGGGCUCCCCCUGGUUGGUUUCAAAAUUGAAACCAGUGUGUCUGUUUUUCCCGCUUUACUCGUCUCUGCACUGACCCUGUGCCAGGGCCGUAAGACUGAUUUAACGCUCUCAUUUGUUUAAGUCCCAUUUCCCUUCCUAAUCCAGUCUGCAGAGACCCCAUCUCUUUUUAUGUAAGAAUCUAAAAAGAAGCAAGCUAGCAUGCACAGCAUACGAGAGCCAGGCAGAGAAUGAAGGAAAGAGAGAGAAUGACGGUAAAAGGGUUGAGCAAGAAAACGGCAUUAGAGUUGACGGUGACAUUUACCUCCCUGUGAAACGGCAACUACAGUAGCUCUGUUCAUCCCUCACGCGGACGGUUAUGUCAUAUUGUCAUGUCAAGCAUUUAGUUUAUGUGACUGCAUGAUUCAGUCUCUGGGCGAGCCCUGUAUGGAAACUGGAGAGAGCUUGGACACUGCGAUGGCUCUGUGCAAGCAGCUGAGGCCUCUAUUUUUUUUCCUGUCUGCAUUUCUUUUUCAGCAGUUGUCAGAGAUUUGUGGAGCCCUUAUAGUACCUUCUUUUCAAAUGGCAUUAACAUAUUUCUGCAAUGGAAUGAAGGCAAACAUUUGCUUUGAAUAGUUGAGAUUAUCAGUGAGAUUUUAAGUAUUGUGCAACUGGGAUUUGUGCAACUACAUAAAUUGCACUCCUCGUUUGUGCUUUUGUUUAAUAAUAUUAACAUUUUGUGUUUGUGCUGUUGCUGUACACAUUCCUGCCUUGUGUCAAUAUUACUAUAUAACUUUAUACUGUCAAAUUGCAAGUGUAAGGACAAUGAUGAAGUGGCAUAAUAAAAUGUCCUAGUCAAAAAAAGACUAGUGUAUGUUUGUAUGUAUGCCCCGUAUAGUGAAAGUGCUUGAAAGUGAUAAAUUACUAGUGUUUUUCUCUUAUUCAGCUCGUGUUUAUUUUUAGCGCAAGAGCACUGAGAAAUUUACCCAGCUCUUUUUUGUGUUUUCCGAAAUCGCUUGCUCCAAUCAGCAGUGGGAGGCAGCUUUAAAAGGCGUUCCCUUCUGUACGUUUGCUUGUAAAACAAUGAGCGCCUUUGAGAAAAGGCAAGUUUGAAGGCAGGCGGGCGAAUGGUGCCUUCUCCGGUGACACCAAGCUACAGACACUCAACUUCAAAGCACGUAGGACUUCGAACUUAUUUGAGGCUGAAUUCGGAGGAGACGGUGUCUGCCCAUGGUGCUAUUCUUUGAACGACGGAAAGGACAAACCAAAAACCCCUGUAGUCAUUUUUCAAACGGACUAUACUGCUGACGGCUGUGGGGUAUACGACAUUUCUAAGCAGCUUAGGUAGUUGCAAGGUAAUUAGUGUCACAUCGUAUGCUAAUCGUUUCUUGUGUUACCCGGCUAAAAGGAGUUCACUUUGGAAACACCUGGGCAAGGACACAACUAAGUUGGUGCGGUGGGGAUAUUCAACGCGCCUACGUUUCUGUAAACGCUCCUUGUAAACGGAUCUAUAAGCCACUCAAUUUAAGCGUAUCUUAAAAGCGAUGGUGGGUAGACUGAAUCUACAAAAUGUGUCUGACGAUGAUCCUUUGGAUAUGAACUUCAAGGCUGAGCGGGCACUUGACAGUCCGGACUCCGGACUGCCUCCAAGUCCCAGUCCAAGUCCCUGGUUGUUGCCUGUCGGCAGUGAGAGAGGGUCCGGGAGUUUGGCUUCAGAAGACGAGGGCAAAGGGUCAUCAGCGACUUGCAUUAAAAACUUCAAGUGUAGGCCUAUUCCACAACGGUGCCCGUUAUCCUAUGGAGAAGGAAUUGAACUUGACCCACUGCCACCAAAAGAAAUAAGAUACACAUCAUCAGUGCGCUACGACUCGGAGCGCCACUUCAUCCACGACAUCUCCAUGCAGCCCUCAGGCCUGGGGCUGGACCAGUGCAGCCAGACUGUCUUCGCACUGCCCAACUGUACCUGGCGGCGCUACAAGACUGAGGUGGAGCUUCAGCCGAGGCAGAGGGUGCAGCGUUACCAGAGCACCACCAUAGUGUACCCCAAACACGCCCGCACCAUCUACACCACCCAGCUGAACUACGACGGGAGGAGGUUGGCCAAGCGCUUCCUCUCCAGUGUAGAGCUGGAGCCGUCCGACAGUAGGGCUCCUCAAUAAGUGAAUUUGAGACCGGAGAGAGCUCGGCAUGUCUCCAAAGAAAGGGUGUCCCAGAUCUCUAGGUAGUCGGUUGCCUGUUUGUCUCCUCCUCGGGAUCUUGAGUAGCUUUAAAUGAGAAGUCCCGUACCAAGAUAACUGAAGCACAGAGCUGCCAACACUUUGAACUUUGCCAUUUGGCAUUUCAACAAUUUUAGCAAAGAGUUUCUCUUAGAAGUUGAGGACUGACUGAAGAGGUCUUGAGUUAAGAUGAAUGGGGGAAGGGGAUGAAAUUAAUGAUGCAGACUUUUCUGCAUUUUAAAGACGUGAUGUUGCGAAGGUUUCAUGUUGUACAGCAAUUGAAGACGAACCAUAGCUUCUGCACUCAUCAGAGGUUGAUUUUGCAAGAGCAUCGGCUUCAUCUCUCUCUCUCUCUCUCUCUCUACGUUCAGUCAUUUGCCGAAGCUGACUGAAAUGCUCAUCAUUUCACCUGGUCUGUUUUCACCUUAUAAUAUAAACCAGUAGUCGAGUCUCUAUUGUCCUGUGUGGCUAAUUUGAGGCAUCUACAGUCACAGAUGGAUAGAUUUGAGGUUAAAAUGAUUACAGGGUAUUGUUAGGUAUUUUUGCACACUCACACUGGUAUUGAGAAUGUUGUUUCUGUGUAUGGAUAGUAAGUGCUACAGGCAAACCCCACUACAGUCUAGAACAGACUCACUCUGCAGUUGUACUACUGUAACUAUUGAUUUGGAGGCAUCAAAGCCACUGCUUUUCCAUUUGGACUCAUAGGCUGCGUAGUGUAGCAGACUGCCAGUGGUGGUGCAAUUGUGAAGUUAUCAUGCUGAAGUCGUUGCAAAAGAGGUUGUUACAAGUUUUAAGCAAGAUUUUAGAUUUUAAGACAUUUGCAUUGUACUUAACUGUUUUUACUAAUUUGUAAAUCAAUCUGUUUGCAGUAGGCCUACAUUCAUUCUGUGUCCUCCCUAGUGUUGUGCUUUUGUAUUUAUUUUUGUUGUUAGUCAACACCACUCGUCUUUCAGAUACCUAUACACUGAUGUCUGUUGGUGGAACCCACUGAGUUAAAAUUUUCCCACAGGAAUUCAGAUGUUCAGUUUCUAAGAGGCACAGUUCUAUUGUUUUGCCCUUAAUGUAAAUACAUUUCCUUUCAAUUGUCUGUUGAAAAUAAAGACUUUUUUUUUUUAAGAACAA